UCUUUAUAUACUCUACUCAUUUGCGUAAGUUGCGUCAGCAAGCAAUCCUUCCGAUCUAAUAUUUGAUUCCUCCAAGAUUCUCAAUACAAAUUAAUACUUGCAAAAACAUGUCGCUCUUCAUUCCAAGCAGCAUGUUCGAUCCAUUCUCUAUGGAUAUUUGGGAUCCCUUCAAAGGCUUCCCUUUCUCCAAAACUCUUGCCGACCCUGAAAGAUCCGCCUUUUCUAGCACCAGUUGUGACUGGAAGGAAACUCCAGAUGCUCACAUCUUCAAGGCUGAUCUUCCUGGAUUAAAGAAGGAAGAGGUGAAGGUUGAGGUUGAAGAGGGCCCGGUGCUUCAAAUCAGUGGAGAAAGGAGCAAAGAGCAAGAAGACAAGAAUGGAAAAUGGCAUCAGAUUGAAAGGAGCAGAGGAAAGUUCCUUCGCAGAUUCAGACUUCCUGAAAAUGCAAAGAUGGAUGAGGUUAAAGCCAGCAUGGAGAAUGGUGUGCUUACUGUAACGGUUCCGAAAGAGGAGGUGAAGAAGCCUAAGGUCAAGGCCAUUGAGAUCUCCGGCUAGACAAUAUGCUCGGCAUUUCAAUUAGUUCCUUUGGGAAUAUCUAACAUGAGUGUGUGGAAGUAUUGUACUGUGCGUCUUGUUCAUAUUGUAAAUUUUAUUACAAUGUUAUAAAACAAGACUUCUUUUAAUUA